UGGUAGGUUAGUGCUCAUCUAUGCGCAUCUCCUUCAGUGCUAUGUCUGCAUAUUCGUUUGAUCAUCCCAGAUCGAUUCCCUAGGUUCGCUUGCCAAGCUGUCGCUCAGAGUGUUUUCAGUUGCCUGACUAGGCAAAUGUUGUUGGUUGAGACUACGCCUCUCCCCUAUUUCCCCGUCUUGUCUUUCCCCCAUGUCCUCUCUUUUCUUCUUCCUAGCCAAAUAUUGGUAUCACAUCACCCUCUGAGCAAGAACGUUGUCAGAAACAAAAUGUCACUCCUCGACCUGUCCACGGAGCUUCUACUCAAUAUUCUGUCCGCAGACAGGGUGCUACAAAGAAGCGAUUUCCAUCACAUUCUUCUUACUUGCAAGCCUUUGAAUGCCAUUGCACUUCCUGGUUUGUACUACACCAUUCGGGUGCGGACACCCUAUGCCAGAGAGACGGACACACGACACUUAGAUCGUGUUAUCGAGCAUUUCCGACGACAUCCUGACCGCUUGUCAUGGGUCCACGUCGCUCGAGCAUCGUGUCCCCAACAGGACUGGGUACAGUCAGCCAGGAUGUUUGGCCUUCUGUCUUCGUUUCCGAGUGUAUAUGGCUUGUUUAUUACUGCUUUUGGUGGAUGGGACGAGGAUACCUCCUUUUUGCAUUUCGCUGGUAUCUGCAAACGUUUCCAGUUCCUACGAGACAUAGAACUUGCCAACCCGCUCGUGACUAUACAAGAUGUUCUUUAG